AUGGCGUUCAAUAUAACAUCACUAUUGGAUGACACCUCAAGAACAGAGCAUUUCACAGAAACUCCAAAUGAAAUAGAUGAGACAAACGAUAAAGGCGUUGACGAUGAAUACCCUUCAAGGGAUUUUAUGCCCUUUCAAGGACACGUAGAAUAUGCUCCACAAUUACCGAUCGCAGUUGACGGAUCGAGCGUUCAGCAGUGUGCCUCACCUUCGCUUCUUCAACUUCAGAUGCUAUUCGGUUUUGCAGAAUUCCGCAAAUUUCAGCACGAUAAAUAUUUGAGUGUUUCCAAGCGCAUUGAUCUAUCGAAGAGUCUCAGACUUACGGAAACCCAAAUAAAGACUUGGUUUCAAAACCGACGCACGAAAUGGAAGAAGCAGUUGACCGCAUCGCUACGUGAACUGUGUAAAACCAGUGUGUAUCCACUUCAAAUCACCACCCCAAAUCCAGUCGCCUCAGCAAUCAAUCCUGCUCUCUUCAGAUCAUCUACUUUAUCGACCAAUUUUUUUUUUGCUAACAGAACCUCAACGACCUUCCGUAUGAGUAACGCGACAAUUCAAAAAGCUAAGCCAUGA